AUGGAACGUGGGGCACCACCGGCGACGUUAGCGACGCCACAGCUCGUCGAAGUUCUGACGAAGAUCCUGACCACAGAGAAAGAGCCACUCCAGAAGCUAAGCUCCUACAUCCCUCAUUUCUCCGCCAACUCCAAUCUUCUCGUGUCGCUCCUUUCGUCAAACACCUUGGCGCGAAUGCCGACCACUCUACUCUCCUUGCUCAAGUGGUCUCAGGCGCAUCUGCCGGAGACACUAAGCCGAUCUCCGCUCCCUCUCCUCGUCGUGAUUUCUUCACUCGUCGCGCACCACAAGUUCGUCGACGCCAAAACCCUAAUGACCUCGUUCAUCGCCUCCGAUAAGUUGAAUUCGCUUCACUACCACAUCCUCCACCCCGAUAGUAGGACUCGAGUCACGCGGGGUGUUUAUGAUUUGUCCAUUGGAGCUUAUGUUGUAGCUGGUCGGCCUCACGAUGCCGCCAAUAUCUUUAGGAAGAUGAAGAGGUUCGGGCUCAAGCCGAAUGUGCUCACUUGCAACACUUUGUUGAAUGGUUUGGUGAAGUAUCCUUCUGUGCAUGCUGUUUCUUUGUCCAAGGAUGUUCUGGAAGAUGUGAUCGGCCUGGGCGUCAAGGUAAACUCCAACACUUUCAACAUUGUGAUAAAGGGUUGCUGUUUAGAGAGCAAGUUCGAGGAGGCAUUGGAGCUUGUGGAUAGAAUGGGGCAGCAUGGUUGUUCACCUGACAAUGUCACGUAUAAUACGAUACUGGAUGGAAUGUGCAAGAAAGGGAAGUUAAAUGAGGCUAGGGAUUUGCUGCUGGACAUGAAAAACAGAGGUUUGCGUCCUAACGUGAAUACAUUUAACAUUCUGAUAUCUGGGUAUUGCAAACUGGGGCGGUUGAAGGAGGCGUCGCAAAUGAUUGACUUGAUGACGAUGAGUAAAGUCUCUGCAGAUAUGUGGUCGUAUAAUAUGUUGAUUGAUGGGCUUUGUAAAGCGGGCAGGAUCAGCGAGGCAUUUCGGUUAAGGGACGAGAUCGAGAAGCUUGAGUUUUCACCUGAUGUGGUUACUUAUAACACCUUGAUUGAUGGGUGUUUCAAGUUCGGGAGUGGUGAAGAAGCGGUUCGUUUAGUUGAAGAAAUGGAAGGGAAGGGACUGAAGCCAAAUGCUGUGACGCAUAACAUAAGGGUUAAAUGGUUUGUGAAGGAAGGGAAGAUGGAUGAAGCAGCAAAUGCUGUCAGGAAGAUGGAGGAAUGUGGGUUUUCUCCAGAUUGCAUUACUUACAAUACUCUUAUAGAUGGAUACUGCAAAGCAGGCAAGAUGGAUGAAGCAUUCAGUGUAUUGCAUGAUAUGGAAAAGAAACAACCGAAGCUGGAUAACGUCGCCCUUAACACAAUUCUUCACACCCUUUGUCAGGAUAAGAAACUUGAUCAGGCAUAUGAUCUGCUUUCCAUUGCUAGUAGGCGAGGUUACUUUGUCGAUGAGGUUAGUUAUGGCACUCUUAUAAGUGGAUAUUCUAAGCACGAGCAGCUUGCUAGAGCUUUAGAUCUUUGGGACGAGAUGAAGGAGAAAAAGAUUAUUCCAAGCAUCAUCACCUAUAACUCCAUGAUAGCUGGGUUGUCUCGCUCUGGGAAAACUGAUCAAGCAAUAGAUUUAUUGAAUGAGUUACUAGGAAAUGGUUUGUCUCCAGACGAAAUUACUUACAAUACCAUUAUUCAUGGAUACUGCUGGGAAGGGCAAAUCGAGAAGGCCUUUCGGUUUCAUAACCAAAUGGUUGAGAAUUCUUUCAAGCCUGAUGUGUUCACCUGUAAUAUUCUUCUCUAUGGUCUUUGCACUGGAGGUAUGCUUGACAAGGCUCUUAAACUUUUCCAUACGUGGAUUUCAAAAGGGAAGCAAGUUGACCUGGUGACCUAUAACACCAUUAUAUCAAGCCUGUGUAGAGAAAGGAGAUUGGAGGAAGCAACUGCUCUUUAUGCAGAGAUGAAAGAAAAGGGACUGAAUCCUGAUAGAUAUACAUAUAAUGCCAUCUUGAAAGCUCUAACUGAUGCAGGUAAGGUUGGUGAUAUUGAGGAUUUCAUUCUAAAUGAGGUUGAGAAGGGUGAUUCAGAAUCUCAAUCCAUACAAAUGGACGGGAGACAAGAUGAGGGUACCUGUACAACUUGUCCAGAAACUGAUGAAAGUUCCAUUGCUUAUUCUGAGAAGAUAAGUCAAUUAUGUGCUCAAGGAAAAUACAAGGAUGCCGUUCGACAUGUUCAUGAAUCUAGAGACAACGUGCUAUGCUGGAUCAUUGAAUUUUUCAUUGAAGCCAAGAAAUGGAAUGGCGACCACCGGAAGAAGUUUGCAUCUAUUUUUGCCAGCUUUACGGGCAAGGUUUCAACUCUUUUGAUUCCGAUUAUGCAGUGUUACCCUGGUGAAGCCGAUCUGGCAAUUGCAAGGACGGGGUUCUGA